UGAUAAAAGUAUACGGUCUGAAAGUUAGUUGCAAUACAGGGACCACGGGCAUCAGCAUUUUAUACAAAGGAGGCUUGAGUGUCUUGGCUAAAGAGUAUCCCUAAAAUCUUGAAAUGGUAUCGCCCGAACAGUGCCAAGAAGAUCCAAGAUGGCGACGGUCGAAAAUGACCCCGUCUCGCAAGCGAUUUGGCAACUAAAAAGGGGCACAAACCACGCUGUCUACAAUUCUCUGGUCAAGAUUCGGACGGAAUGUAUAAAAAGGGAAGGCGGGGUGUCUAAAUUUCGCGAAUUGGGUGGGAUUCAGGCGUUAAUUUCGCUAAUUCAGCGGCCUAACCCGAAGAUUGCUGACGUAGCUCUCAGCAUCCUGGCCAACUGUUGUAUGGAGGGGGAGACAAGGCGUGAGGUGCGGAAAACAAGAGGACUGGCACCACUAGUGACCCUCCUGAAGGUGUUGAAAUCAGACAGCCUGCUGAACCGAGCGUCCAGAGCCAUCGCCAACCUCGCUCUAGAUGCCACCAACGCCCAGGUCAUCCACAGUCUCAAGGGCAUCCCCGCAUUAAUCGACGUUCUCAACAGCACGGAGAGCAGCGAGGGUCGCCAGAGUGUAGUCCGGGCUAUCCGAAACCUCGUGGACACUGAGGAGCACAGAGAUGAGGUGAUACGCUGUGAAGGCCUCCAGGCUGUGGUGGAACUGUUGAAGCUGGACGACGUCCCACUUGUGACCCAAGCUGUGAGGACGGUCACCCAGCUGACCAAGAACUGCACCUUCGAGUGCGCGCGGCAAGUCUCGGAGGGGACAGGGAUAUCCUCGCUCGUGGAACUGGCCUCGCAUGUCAAACCAGUCAUAAAGCAGCAAGCCCUACUCUCGCUCGUAAACCUGGCUUCCCAUGGCAGCGUUAGGCCCGAUAUCGGAAACGCAGGCGGGAUACAAGUCUUUGUGAAAGAGAUAAAGGCCAGUCAGAACAUCUCUAAUGUUUUACCUUUGGUGAAUGCCUUAUGUUUGUGCUGCAGGGAGGCUAUCAACAGGCUCAGAAUCAGAGAACUCAAAGGACUCGAGCUUCUGGUUUCUCUGUUAAAGUCUCCAUCUUGUAAAGAUGUCCAUGAGAGACUUGUGGGGACUUUCCUCUGCUUUUUCUACGAUGAGCCCAGCUUAGAGGUCUUACGAGGGGAGGGACUUAUUCCUCUGUUGAUGACUAAAUUACUGGACAGUGUUAACGUCUCAUCUACAGAGGAAGGAUCAUCCAAAGGAAUUGGCAAGCCUGCCCCCUCGUCUGCUUGGUUUUCUGCCUCCUGCGACUUCCCAACAGAGUUUAACCGCUUCCCCGAUCCCCUGACACCGUCCAAUAAGGCUUCCAGCUUUGUGAGCAUGCAGACCUGGCUGCAGCAGCAGCCUGAGUAUUCCGCUGAGCUCGGCCAGCUCAGUCCGGGGCCUGCCAGCCCGCAGUGGUCGCCAGCCAGCAGCACAGUGUCCUGCUCCGACUCAAGCGAUGGAAACGAGGAACUCGCACCACGAGUGUUCAGCCCGCAGAUUCACUGGACUGAGGAGGACAAAACACUACCGGAAACAGAAGAUGAUAGUGAGAGCAGCUCUGAAAGUGUUGAGGAGGCGGCACGGCUGGAGCCUUCAACAUCUGUAGACACCAGCAUGCAGGAACCUCCCUGUUCUCCUGUGUCUGUCUCAGAGGACGGUCCAGAGUCAACCACGUUUCAGCCUAUCAGGACAGACGCAUCCCGGGAAUACUCCCCGUCUAGUCCUCCCAGGAAGAGGCGGCGUCCGAGCUCUAGCCCGGGUCCCAGGACUCAGCCAGGCAACAGAAGUCCAGAUGGCAGCCCCGUUGCACGGGUCAGAAGGGAAGAAACCAAUGAAAGCCUAACGGGGGACGUAGUACCAGGCAGCCCUGUUGGACUCAUUCCCUUAACAACAGACCACAUGUUGAAUCCCUCCUCUCUAUCCUGUGCCCCCCUGGUGAUCAGAGUGGAAGAGCCCAAAGACAUGGAGCACAACAUCCUGCUCCUCCUCUCUAGAUACUCCCAAAUGGUAGAUCCCAGUGGUUGCCUGGUGACCAAACAGUGUGUGAAUGGACUGGUGGACUACAUCCACUCGGCCCCGCACCCGAACCCCCGCUGCACACGCAUCCUAAACCGCCUCACCUGCAAUCCCAACUGUUUCGAAGCCUUCAUAACGGCACACGCUCUGCAUAAGAUACACAACACUCUCAUGUCAGCAUCCAACCACGAACAUCAUAACAGCACCCAGAAUGUUACAGCUGAUGAGAACAGGGGGGAAACAGUUGGCACAGAUAACACAAGCAUUGAAGACAAGGAAGACCAAGAAGCCAUGAAGGAGUCAAGUUCUGUGUGCGAUACACCAAGAAAAAAAAAAGAAGACAAUGGAGAUGGGAGGGUGGAGAGUCAUCAGUACGGUGUUGGGUUGUCUCUCCUAAGGAACCUGAGUGUGCAAGCGGAGUCGUCAUAUGGCAACGGGAUUCUAACCCACCUCCUUUCCGCAGUCACAGAUGUGGAGAGGACUGCGUGUGCUCUGGCACUGCCAUAUCUCUGCAGGAGCCGAGCCCUGAGAACAAAGAUGCUGAUUGAAGAGAGGGGACUUCAGCGUCUUGUAGACAUCAUUCAGAACAGCACAGACGACCUGCUGUCCCUAGCUGUGGAUAGCGUUACCAUGGUGAUGUCAGGAUGGGACAAGAGGGACCAGGAUGACUCGGACACGGAGGCAGAAGGAUCUGACUCAAAGGAGGACUGCAACACAGACACUGUAGAAGAUGAGAUGUCAGGAAGUACUAGUGAUGUGACCAAAGCCGUGGAGUCUGUUCACAUACAGUCAGGCGCAGCUGAGUGUAGUUAUGUAACGCUGUCGGACCGACAUGAUGUGGUUUUCAGACUGGAGGACAAGACUACUGUCUCAGGGUGUAGGAGAGUCGUAGCUGAGAAAUCUGCCGUCUUUGCUGCCAUGUUGGAAGGGCAUUACUCCGAAUCUGCCCAGAGCGAGGUCAACAUUACGGGUGUUUCCCACGACGCGUUUUUGUACCUUGUACACUUUGUACAUGGCUGUCGGCAUAACAACUGUACAGCAAUGCAGAUAGUUUGCAAGGGGGAGGGGGGCAGUGUAGGGACAUGCCAGCCACAACAGCCGGUAGAGCUUGAGAUUUUGGCUGUGGCUAACAAGUACCUUCUGCCAACGCUGCAGGACAGUAUGGCAGACGUGAUGUUACAGCAAACAUUGUACAUAUCACCUGGAAGUGUGUUGAAACUGUACCUGUACGCUGUACACCACAGGUGCGAAAGGCUGGUGGAACACUGCGUUCGUUUUAUCACGUGUGGAAAGAUGUCAAAAGAGGAGAGAGUGAAGUGUUUCCGGGACUUGGCAAACUCUGGGGAUGAGAAACCUGCCUUUCAGAAACUAGAAGAAAUCCUCAAGGCUUAUGUGUGAAGAAGACGUGUUAGUGUGGUUAUGUGCUGAGCAUGUUGAGAAGGCCCUUUUAAAUACUGUACUUGUUGUUUUUUUGAGAAGUGAUUUUUUUCAAAAUGUAUGACUUCAGUUGACUGUUAGGGUGAAAGAAUUGAAAUGCUUUAGUUUGAAGGCCGUAACACUUUAUUUUGACAGAAACCAUUAAUGGACAAUGUUGUUGCUAUUAUUUUAAGCAGUUAAUUACAAAGUACCCAGUAUUAUUUGACACCCUAUGUGGUCUAAUGUCUUUUGUAACUAGAAAUUAAGUCGUGUAUGAAAUGAGAGGCCCAACAAAAUUGUCUAUAAAUGUAACAGAAUAGAUUUAAUGAAAGGGAUCUGAUUGGAGUGGAGGGACAAGUGAAUAAGACAGUAAAGUCAGCAUCCUAGCAGGCAUACAGCACAUACAUUAUGUAAAUCAUGACAGAAUACAACAUGUCAUUUCCUUUACUCAGGCCUCAAUAAAAUUACAAGUACAAUUAUGGCAGAAUGAUCUUCUUCUUGCUAACUAUGGAAGCCACGCAUGAAAGGAAACAAACUUUGAGAUUAAUUAACUGUCCCAGUGUCAAUGCAGAACUAAUCAAUAUAAGUGGCAGGUGACAGCAUGAUGGUUAUCUUUCUGUGAGUUGAAGCUAGUGAACAGUAUAGAAGACAGAUAUUCAUAUUGUCAUUGUAAUAUGCUCUUAAACAGUACGUGUGGAAUCUUGAUUCAAUUGUAAGAAUUAACACAACCAUCACAACAGCUACAUGUAUACCAGAGGACAACAGUCAGUAUGCACACACUCAUGUAUACCAACAAGAAAUUCAGAAAUCACCAUUUUGAAGGUAUAAAAUACGGAUCAGAUGUCAUAUCAGUUAAGUAAGUGCUCUUGCUACAAAAAUGUAUGUUCUUCCUCUAAUUCCAACAUGGCUGCAAGAUACCACAUUUCAUACACUCACACCUGCUUCUUACACAUGGAAGUUGUCAUAAAAAUAGCGUGGAGAACACCAUACUUAUCGUGUAUGUUGAUUAACAGUAUGCAUAACUCUAUCCCAAUUAUACCUCAGCUACACAGCAUACAUGUAACACUGAUGAUACUUUGACAAAAGUUUGGCCACCUCAGUUUGUUUUCUAGCUUUUCAGACAUUACA